CGGCGGCGGCGGGGCCGGUGCUCGGUGGGGCUGUCCUGUCGCGGCGAGGUAUAAGUCGUCCUCGCGAGAUUUGCCUGCAGGCCGAGCAGGGCCGGGGCGGCGGCCGGGGCUUCUCCGGACCCCGCGCCCGGAGGACCUCCGUCGUGCCCGAGGCCGGGGAGCGGGGCCUGUGCGGCGGGGCCUGUGCGGCCGGAGCUCCCCUGCCCCGAGCGCAUCGCGCGGGCCGUGACCUUGGCGUGGCAAGGCUUAGGUCUUAGUGCUCUGACGUGCUUGCAGGGGUGUGGCUGGGAAGCAGUUUGAGGAUGAGGAGGAUGCGGUGUUUGGCCCACAGUAAGUCCGCUGGAGUCAGGAGCGCAGCUGAUGGCCAAGUGCCCGUCACCGUGGGCGCUUCCCGCGGCCCCUGCUCUGCUGCUGCCUCCCCUCCUCUGAGCCUUUCCCUGCCUGGGGCCUCCUGAAUCACGUGGUCGUCGAGGGGAAAGGGGGUGUUCAGACGGUGGCCAGGAUCUUGGUGGCUGGGGUUUGCUUCCUGUGAACCUGCGGGGAUCCCCGUGCUUGGCAGUACUGCCGGCCGCAGGUAGGGCCCGAGGAUCAGGCCUGUGUGGACGCCGUGUUCCCGCCCUCGGGCCUCUCUGCCUCUGCUGCUGUCUCUGGUGCAGUGGCUGCCUGGGUUCCUGAGGACCACCUGCAGGAGCUGGGGGGGCGGGGGGCGGUACACAACUUGUGAUGCAGUUUCCAGCCCCUUAGGAGUGUCCUACCUCCUCCAGCGCUUGGGGGUGUGGGAAGGUCCGAGCUCUAUUCUACCUUUGAGGAAGAGACGGUCUCUGAUAAGCAGCUUUGUGAUUUGGGAGGCCUCACGUACAGGUUGUGCGCGGGGAGGCCCUGCAGAGCAGUAGCCAUCAAAAGCACAUCCAGGCAAGCUGGUCGUAUGUGAUGCUGGGCUGUUUGUGUGCUGUUUGAGGGCUCUGUUUCCCUGAGGAGGCCCCGUGUGGCUGGAGGGAGGGAGGGAACUGGGGGGUGGCUUCGUUCCUGUUUCUACUGAGACCGUUGCUAGGCACUUAACACUUGCUCUUCGGUGCAGUGGUCCUCCACUGAGUGCCAGCUCCGUGCCCGGUCCCAUGCUGGGCUUUCUCACCACCAGUGAUGGAGGAGGCUGUGGCCAGGUGGUGGCCUGGGGUCUGUCCUCCCUGCUGAAGGGCCCUUCCCUGCAGGUGGCUUCCUGCCUGGCCCAGCGCCAUGCACACGCUUGUGUUCCUGAGCACGCGGCAGGUGCUCCAGUGCCAGCCAGCGGCUUGCCAGGCCCUGCCCCUGCUGCCUCGAGAGCUCUUCCCCCUGCUGUUCAAGGUGGCCUUCAUGGACAAGAAGACUGUUGUGCUUCGCGAGCUGGUGCACACAUGGCCCUUCCCGCUGCUCAGCUUCCAGCAGCUAUUGCAGGAAUGUGCCCACUGCAGUCGGGCCUUGCUGCAGGAGCGCCCCAGCACAGAGAGCAUGCAGGCUGUGAUCCUGGGGCUGACAGCCCGGCUCCACACCCCGGAGACUGAGGCUGGCACACAGCCUCUCUGCAGGAAGCAUGCCCUGCGGGUGCUGGACAUGACAGGCCUUCUGGACGACGGCGUGGAGCAGGACCCUGGCACCAUGAGCAUGUGGGACUGCACGGCGGCAGUGGCCCGCACCUGUAUAGCACAGCAGCAAGGCGGGACUACGGAGCCUGGGCUGGCCCCCAUUCCUGUGGAGGUUCGUGUAGACCUACGGGUGAACCGGGCCUCUUACGCGUUCUUGCGGGAGGCACUCCGCAGCAGCGUAGGCAGUCCCCUGCGGCUCUGCUGCCGGGAUCUGCGGGCCGAGGACCUGCCCAUGCGCAACACUGUGGCUUUGCUGCAGCUGCUGGAUGCGGGCUGCUUGCGCCGCGUGGACCUGCGCUUUAACAACUUGGGUCUACGUGGCCUGUCUGUUAUCAUCCCACAUGUGGCCCGCUUCCAGCACCUGGCCAGCCUACGGCUGCACUAUGUGCACGGGGACUCCAGGCAGCCCUCUGUGGAUGGUGAGGACAACUUCCGUUACUUCCUGGCCCAGAUGGGCCGCUUCACUUGUUUGCGGGAGCUCAGCAUGGGCUCCUCUCUCCUCUCGGGUCGGUUGGACCAGCUGCUCAGUACCCUGCAGAGCCCCCUGGAGAGCCUGGAGCUGGCCUUCUGUGCCCUGCUGCCUGAGGAUCUGCGCUUUCUGGCCCAGAGCCCCCACGCUGUCCGUCUCAAGAAGUUGGACCUCAGUGGCAAUGACCUGUCUGGCAGCCAACUAGAGCCCUUCCAGGGUCUACUGCAGGCGGCAGCAGCCACACUGUUGCACCUCGAGCUAACUGAGUGCCAGCUCGCGGAUACCCAGCUGCUGGCCACACUCCCUGUGCUGACGCGCUGCACCAGCCUCCGCUACCUCGGCCUCUAUGGCAACCCGCUGUCCAUGGCGGGCCUCAAGGAGCUCCUACGAGAUUCAGUGGUGCAGGCUGAGCUACGCACGGUAGUGCACCCCUUCCCCGUGGACUGUUAUGAGGGCCUGCCCUGGCCACCGCCUGCUUCUGUUCUGCUGGAGGCUUCCAUCAAUGAGGAGAAAUUUGCUCGUGUGGAGGCUGAGUUGCACCAGCUGCUACUAGCCUCAGGCCGUGCUCAUGUGCUCUGGACCACAGACAUUUAUGGGCGCCUGGCUGCAGACUACUUCAGCCUAUGAUAUCCAGGCUGUCCUGGUGUUCAGGGCUACUGGAGAUCCUUCCCUGCCUUAGGCAGACAGAGCCUUCACUGGGAUCCUGGCCUGACCCAGAGGCGCUGGGCUCAGGUUUCCUUGCUCCUGGGCACUUUGAGCUUUCCUAAGCUUCCUGCACCGCUGUACCCAUUCCCCUGACUGACUGUGGGCUUCAGGGCUGGAUUCCAGGCCUGCGGGCCAGGUUUGAUUGUGGUGCACUUGGCUGCCCUCUGGGGUUCUGAUCCUCUCUGGAAUGUUUGUAGGAUCCCAACUGCAAGCCAGCCAAGAGAGAGUGUUCUCUAGGCCCGUCCCAGGAGAGCUGCGUGCUCCGGGGUUGAGGUUGGAACAGGAACCUGCUUCAAGGAGAACUGGGUCUCCAUGCACUGGGGCUUUUCAUGGUCCUGCCUGCCCCAGCACCCAGGGGCAGCACCCUGUGGGUUUUGGAGUCAGAAGGGGUCGUUAAGGUAGAAACGUGCAGUGUGUUUGGAACUUA